CAAGGCUCGCAAGGGGACUGUGCAGUUCCACAUCAAACUGUAUAAAAACUCCCAUUAUGCAUUUGCCCGCGCUGUUGCAGCGGCCGAGUCUUCAUCACUGCGCGAGAAUAUGCACAUAGGUGCACGUGCACGCGUGAGGAAACGAGGAUACCCCGCUGCCGCCGCUGCGAGAGACGGAGAGAGGGAGAGAGAGAGAGAGAGAGAGAGACUCGGCCGUGCUUUCAUCAAUAUAAUCACCAUCCUAAGCACUAGCUCUUAACAUUUUGUUUUUCGGUGUUCGGGCGAGAAGUGACAAGAACACAGACCCCUCCUCUGCAGGGCGGAGCGUGCAUUUUCAUCUCGUCUUUCGAAUGUUUUUCUUUUUUUUUUUUCUAUUUUUUUUUUCCCCAACCCGGUUCCCUGCUCUGACACGUCUUGCACUGAGUGAGUGGCAUUGGCACACUGUCAAUCGCUCACUACCCGCUGCCAUCAAACAACAUAAAACACACACAGGCAGAGGCUGGAGCUCAUAAAUUUCAGCAGGGCGCGAUAUUAUUUUUUUUUUGCGCAGCGCCUUUACACAGCGUUGUAUCCUGAUUAAUUUCUUCUCGCUGUUGCUUUUUAAAAACAAAAACAAAAGAGAAAUCUCCCAACUUUUUUUUUUUGUACAUUUCAUAUUUUUUUUAUAGUCGCAUUUGGACAGCAGAUUGUGUAAUUUUUUGUUUCUCUUAUUUUUUUUUACACACUGUCAGUUGUCGCCGGGGUCAUUUCUGCACAUUUUAUAGUUGGCAACACCUGCAAGCCCUAGAUUUUUUUUUCUUCUUUUUCUUUUUUUUGAUUUGUUCACACGUUUCCACAUUGGAUAUUUUUUGUUGCCGGUGCUUCACGAGCAGGAUUUGGACAUUUCGGAGAGGAACUGCGACGGGGAUCCCAUGAAGAGCGCAAAUAGAUGAGAGAUCACCGAGGAGCGUUUCUGCCCGCACCAGCCGUCAAGCCCCAGAGAGAAGACAGAUUGGCAUGAGGAUUCGCGCAGGAUACGAUGGACCGUCAGUUUUGACUAACAAGUUUUAAUAAUAAGACGAACAGAUUCAUUCAUUUCAUUUUUUUUUCUACAAACACAGCCGCGCGUUUUGGCACUUUUGGACCGCGCGUAAAAAAAAAAAAAAAGAAAAAGCGAGAGGACAGCGGGAACUUGGACACACGAUUUACGCUGAAAGAUCUAAAACACCAGUGCGUGUCCUCUGUAUCCCCGGAGAACCCCACAGCCGUGCAUCCCUCCAGUCUGCGGCAUAUGUUUUAGCCGAUUUCGUAUAUGAGUUUUUCAAUUUGUGUGGCCCAGUGCACAGACUCUUUAGCGGCUACGAUGGACGAUCAAGCCCGGAUCAUGCAGUCGAUCGGCGGCGUGAGUCUGGCCGGCCACUCGGUACAGGGAGGCAUGGCACUGCCGCCUCCGCAUGGACACGACGGGACAGACGGAGACGGACGAAAACAAGACAUUGGUGACAUUCUCCAUCAGAUAAUGACCAUAACUGAUCAGAGUCUGGACGAGGCGCAAGCAAAAAACAGGAAACAUGGACUGAACUGUCACAGAAUGAAACCGGCACUCUUCAGCGUUCUCUGUGAAAUCAAAGAAAAGACAGGUCUCAGCAUCCGUGGUGCCCAGGAGGAGGACCCCCCAGACCCCCAGCUCAUGCGUUUAGACAACAUGCUUUUGGCAGAGGGCGUGGCGGGACCAGAGAAGGGCGGCGGAUCUGCCGCCGCCGCAGCUGCAGCCGCAGCAUCGGGCGGGGCGGCCGACAACUCCAUCGAACAUUCCGACUACAGAGCCAAACUCACCCAGAUCAGACAGAUCUACCACACAGAGCUGGAGAAAUAUGAACAGGCGUGUAAUGAAUUCACUACACAUGUGAUGAACCUGCUGAGGGAACAGUCUCGCACGCGGCCCAUCUCUCCUAAAGAGAUUGAGCGCAUGGUGGGAAUCAUCCACCGUAAGUUCAGCUCCAUCCAGAUGCAACUGAAACAGAGCACCUGUGAGGCUGUCAUGAUCCUGCGCUCCAGAUUCCUUGAUGCCAGGCGGAAAAGGCGAAACUUCAGCAAGCAGGCGACGGAAAUUUUGAACGAAUAUUUCUACUCGCACCUCAGCAACCCAUAUCCCAGCGAGGAGGCUAAAGAGGAGCUGGCCAAGAAGUGCAGCAUCACAGUUUCCCAGGGGGUGGGAAGCACCAUCACAGUAUCACAGGUAUCCAACUGGUUUGGCAACAAAAGGAUCCGGUACAAGAAAAAUAUCGGCAAGUUUCAGGAAGAGGCCAACCUGUAUGCCGCCAAGACUGCUGUAAAUGCGGCACACGCCGCAGCCGCUGCAGUGCAGAACAGCCAGGCCAACUCCCCUACCACACCUAACUCCGGAUUCCAGAUGAAAGAUGAAGAGUUUCAGCUGGAUUCUGCAGAGAGCAAAAACACUCUUUUAAGCAACAUGUUUACUGGUUCUUCAGGUUCUUUUAACCUCCCAAACUCUGGGGACAUGUUCUUGAGCAUGCAGAGUCUGAAUGGGGAUUCUUACCAAGGGGCACAAGUCGGAGCCAAUGUACAGUCACAGGUGGAUACCCUGCGCCAUGUUAUCAGUCAGACGGCAGGAUACAAUGAUGCUCUUGGGGGAAACACGAUGUAUAGUCCCCAUGGCUUAAAUGCUAAUGGGGGAUGGCAAGAUGCAACGACUCCGUCUUCUGUAAUAUCUCCGACAGAAGGACCUGGAAGUGUGCACUCCGAUACCUCGAAUUGAUCCACUAUUAACGCAUCUCCUCGUAAAGCUGGGCAUGAACUCUUUUUAGCUGGCUGACCAACUGCAGAGGAUAUAUAUAUAUAAAAAAAAAAAAAUAUCAUAGCAGAUUCGCGAGACAUCCUCCAUCGCAAACACCAAGUGUUUCCUGUUCGUUCAACGUUUCCUUUCUGUCUUCAUAAAUCAACCGUAAUCAUCAAGCUCUUAUUUGAUUGUCGUAGGAGUAAGCACACACAUGUACAAAUCGGCCCUCUGAUAUUACUCAGUAAACUUUCAGGAUAAUUAUCUGCUCUGAACUCAAAAAACUGGAUGACAUGUAUUUAAUGUGACAUUUCAUGACAUUUUAAAUGCCCAUUUGUUUGGUUCUUGAUUUAAUUACGCCUCUCCAUUUUGAUAAUUGCUUUCCCUUUUCCGUUCUGACAAUACGUAGAUUAAAGCAGCGGUUUCUUUGACUGUAAUGUGCUCACAAUCUUGUCCAGCAACUCAACAAUGCUACUGUUGACAGCUCAAUGGCAGCUUUGUAGUUCCUUUCAAGAUUUAUUUUUGCCUUACAGCCGUAUACAUUAGUACAAGAGAAGGACUAUUCAAACUCUGGAACAUAAAGAAGUGUAAUUGAUUGCUUGACUAUAACAUGACACCGUUCCAUAUUUUAUAAUUUGAUGUUUAGUAUGUACAUAUGUAAACAUUUUUUUUGUACUGCUUAUGGAAAUCAACAAAUCCCGAACAGUAGAUCAUUCCUUCAUGGCACAAGAGCAAGCCCCCAUUACACAGGAAAAGUUGUACAUAAUAUAGAGUAAUUAUACAUCCCACCCGUCAAUCCACAGCUUUAUUACCUCACUCAAAUUCAUAAGAACCAAUAAUUUCCAACUUUUCUGUAGCUUAGAGUGCUCACUUACUACCUCUAAACAAUAUCACCACCAAUGUUUCUUUUGCCCUUAUUUAAUGUUUUUAUGUAGUUAUUUUGAUUACAUCUUGUAACACUGUAAACUCUUCAUUCUCUAUGUAAUCUAAUGUAUAUUUUAAUCUUUUAAUAAAAUGAUGUUGCUGUACCGCAACCUAAAAUGACAAAAAUAAAAAGAUGAAAAUGAUAACAAUAUUAAUACCAUGAAAAAUAGACGGGGAGGGCGUGGGCGGGGUGAGGUUGUUGGUCCGUGGCUUUUACGAAGGGGGGUGCGGUGAACAUUGUUGAUAAAUUAACACCAAACAGUAAAACUGUUGUAAAUACUAAAGAAGAAGAAAAAAAACAUUUUGAAUGUUGCUCAUCUUGUUACUAAAUCAUUCAAAAAAAGAAAAAAAAUCACUAUAAAAACUGUAAUGCAUAGAGGUUUCAGUAUUCAGAACUGUACAUUUCAAGCUCUGUUCAACAGGGUUCAAGACUUCUUUUCUCUUUUUUCUAUUGUAUGUGAUUCUGAAACUGAAAAAGUCAUGACAAAUGAUUUGUGGCAGUGAUUCUAACGUAUUAAAGAUGUUUAGUGUUACUUUCUAACCAGACUACACCCUGGACUGAAAAGUCUUCCUUGUGGUAGUUGUGUAAUUUCAAACAUGAAUAAACCUUUUGCUUUCAUGACA